GGCGCAGGCGCAGCGGCGGGUCGAAGCGGGCUGCGCGUGCGCACACCGUUUGGUUGUGAAGACGCGCUGCUCGAGCCUGGCAAAGUUCUCUGAGGAAUCUGUGCCAUUACUCGCAUCAGCCAUCUGUUAGACGAAGUUAGAUAGCGAAACAGCUUUCUACAGAGCCAACAAAGGCUACCUACUAACCACUGAAGAAUUAUUUUUUCCUGAUCUUGCCUGUUUUGAACUAGACUCUCUCUUGUGCCAGAAUGUCAUUGGGUAGAGCCCAGCAGGAUCAUGGUCGUGGCAUGAAGAAAGACAGUCAUAAUAUUGGAUUCUUUCCUGCAGCGCAGUCUGCAAAUGUCCCUGCGAAUCUUGGGAGAAUGAACCAGGGUGCACGAAUGGGUGGCUAUAUGAAUUUUGGACGGGGUCAGGCAAUGGGCCUACAAGGUGUGGGACAAGGACAUCAAAAUAUGUCUUCAGGUGGCGGGCCCUCUCGAUCCAGCAGCGGUUUGCCUUCCUUGUUUGAUGUAGGCAGUCGUAAUCAAAACUCACUUGCCGUUCAGAAACGGAUUGAUGCGGACAGGGCCAGUAAUAUUUUAGCUACCUUUGGCCUUUCAUCCAGGGACUUGGAUGAACUGAGCCGCUAUCCUGAAGACAAACUUACUCCUGAAUCCUUGCCAGACAUUCUUAUGCAGCUUAAAAAGAAAAGAAAUGAUGAAGGAACAUCUUUGAAUUACGGCAGAGGUGACAGUUCUCCUCGGGAUGAUCGUUCCUUCAGAACCUCCCGUAAUGAAUGGGAGGAAGAAAGGCGCUUUCGGAGUAAUUUUGAAGGUCGUGAUCCUGACGCUGAUCCAGUGGUCAAUUAUGACCAUGGUUCUUCUCGAGAGUCGAGUUCUAGAUAUUAUGACAGGAAGGACUAUGAGACUGAACGAUUAAGAGGUGAUGACUUUCGUAGAGAUGAUAUGCGUAUGUCUGAGCCAAUCUAUGAUUCUGAUUAUGGAAAAAUGGGGCCCUCACCUUCCCGUGGGCAAGAAAGGUCUCUUUUUGAGAGAAAACGAGGAUCUCCUUCACUGAGCAACAUAAACGAUUACCAUGGUUUCUUGCCAACAAUGUUCCCUCAUUUGUGUUCGCUGUGUGAUGUAACUGUUCAUUCUGUGAAGGAUUGGAACCAGCAUAAGAACGAACCAGCACACAAACGACGUUGCUUGCUGCUUUUGGAAAUUUACCCACAAUGGGUUCCAGAAGAUGUACCCACCACAAGGACCAAUCCAUCUGCACGACAGACCAGCAUUGCUCCAGAUGCUGCAUCAGCGCUCCUUGCAGCCAUCAGACAGCUGGAUGCACUGGACCCUCAUGGAGGCAACAGAAAAGGUCAAAUGCAGAACAAACGAAACAUGCCAUUGGAUGAACCUGGCCGAGUGCUUCAUAUGACAGAAUUACCGAAAGGAAAAUGCAAAGUGAAAGAUAUCCUCAAACUCGCACAACCUUUUGGCAUCAUUACAAAAUAUUUACUUUUAAAUACCAAGAGUGAGGGAUUUGUGGAAAUGGCUACAAAUGCGCAAGCACAAACAGCAGUCGCCUUUUACAGUAUGAAACCAGCAACCCUUUAUGGCAAGAGGGUUCGCGUGGACAUGUCUCACAAAUACAAGGAGAUAGAUUUGAAGAAGCAAAAGCAAGAACGGAGUGGUGGCAGGGUGGCACUCCUCCAGAACCUCCCUCCCUCUGGUUACUCAGAUGCUGAUAUUGUGAAAAUUGGUACUAGCUUUGGGAAAGUGCUGAAUUACAUUGUGAUGAGACUCAGGAACCAGGCAUUUCUGGAAAUGGAGUCAAAGAAAUGUAUGGUAGACAUGGUUAAACACUACAAGAAAACGCCUUUAAUAUUCCAUGGUCGAAAAGUAACGGUUGAUGCUUCUCAGAAAUACAAGACACUUGUAUUAAAGAAACCAAGCAUAAAAGUACAAGAACUGUUGAAAGAGCAGGAUGAAGCAGACAGAAAACGGCGACGUUCCCGCAGUCCUUCCUUUAAGAAAAAGCUGCCUAGCAAAUCAAAGAACCCCCCAAAAGCUGAUGGGGAAAAAGGAGAGCAGAGAACCUCUGAAAGUUCUCCUUCAAAAGAAGUUGGGAAAGAGAAUUCUGAGGGAGAAAACAAACAAGAAAUUAAGUCUGAAGAAAAAGAGGAAGUUUUAGAAGAAGCUAUCGCAGUUAUUGAGAGCGAUGCAGAACUUACUGAAGAAGGUAUGGUUGAGGAACUGGAAAGUGGAGAGUCAGAGAAUGAAGAAGCUGACCAAGAGGAUUUACUGAAGGAAACAGAGCAUGACAUGAAAGAAACUGACUCCAAAAAAACAGAUUCCAAAGCAGAUAAGGAAACAAAUGUGCAAAACACAGCAGAAACAACUGAGAAGCAGGUACCAAUUAUUCGAAGGAGUAAACGACACCAACAAGCAGCAUCCCGGGAGCUAAAAGAAGAGUGCUUUCCUGAAAACAUUGAUGAGUUUGUUACUGUUGAUGAGGUUGGUGAUGUAGAAGCUGGCAACUUAGAUCUAGAAGAUCUGAUGUCUUGUGAAAAUAACAGUAGUAAAUUAGAAAAUGAUGAUGCUGAUACCAGCAUUCAAACAGAAAAAUCAGAGGACACCAGUGAACAAAAAGAUGAGGAUGUGAACAAAGCUAAAAGAAAACGAGGUCGGAAGAGGGAAAAGAACAUCAGAACUAAAAAAGCAGAACAAGGUGAUAAAAAAGAUAGUGGUGAAGAAACUGAAGUAAAGCAAACUGGAGAUGAAAUGAUUGAAAAUAAGCUGGAUGGUGAUGAAAAGAGUGAUAAGCAGGAAGAGACUACCUCAUCCUGUAUAGAACCAGAAAGCAAGCGUGCUCGUUCACGAUCUCCUACUCCAGAUGAGUACCGACUUGGACCAUAUCAGCCCAACAAUCCUGUAGGGCUAGAUUAUGUGGUUCCAAAGACUGGAUAUUACUGUACACUCUGCUGUCUCUUCUACACAAAAGAGGAAGUCGCAAAGAAAACCCAUUGCAGCAGUCUGCCUCAUUAUCAGAAACUGAAGAAAAUGUUGGACAAGCAAGCUGAAGAAUACCGUAAAAUUAAAACUGAAGAAAAUCCUGAAGUUCAGAUUGAAGAACAACAUAAUUAGUGAAGAUUCCAGUGUUCUUAACAUCAUCUAACCCACUAGCUGAUCAUCAUUAUAGUUUGCUGAUAUCUUAAGUUGUCAUUUUUAUUUUGUCCUUCUAACAAUGUUUAUGGAUGUCUUAGUAUUGCAGUGUAUAAACAUGCAUGAAUGGAAGGCCAACAGUAAUCACUUACUUUUUCGCAGUAAUUGUAAUUGUUAAACAGAAAAAUGUUUCUUGGAAGAGUUGGGGAAGUGGUUGCAUUUCAAGGAGCAUUGAUGCAGUGAGGAUUAAUGGCCUCUGUGGUAAUGUCAGAAAUAUCAGUUAUUGUUGGGGCUCUUGGAAAAAAAAUAAUUGGUCCAAAACAUGCCUUUGUUUAUUGCAAAAAUAUCUUGCAGUGGAGCUAUUUUAUCAAAAACUGUGAAAGUCAAUUAUUUUUGUAAAGUGAUAGGCUGUAAAGGUUUGGUAAGUGUCCAAUAUUUGUGUUCCUUUACAGAUUCUAUAAGGUUUUUUUAAGGACUAAUUAUAUUACAACUCUGAAACUUCUAGAAUAUCAACAGUGUUCACUUGUUCAGUUUUGCACUAUAAUGAGCCUUAUUGAACCUUGCACCACAACAGAAUGGAAAGUAGAAGGGAGAGAUGUAAAAUGUUGAUGUGAGGACACACAAGAGCCAUAAAAUUGGUAGAUAAACUGUUUGAUAAAAGUGUGGAGUAAUGGACUCGGUUAUGCUGAAUUAACAGCAGGUUGUACAAGUAGUACUCUUUGAAGCAUCAGCUGCCCAACUGGUAAAAAUGAAGGCUAAAAAUCAUUGAACUGAUUGUCUUUCUUUUGUGGGAGGGAAAUUGAGCAUCCACAGUUGGGUUUUCAGCAAAUAUUGAUUUUUUUUAAUUGACUGCGUACCACAGUUCUGCAUAUAAAUAGCACCACUGCCCCAUAACAAAAAGUCAAUUUUUAAAAGUAAAAGUGGUAGAAAUAUUACGAAGGAUGUGUGAGCAAUUUUGCUUGCGUCUUGUUCCUGCAGUGCCUCAUUUUUGUUGCACUGAUGAAUUGUAGUACAUAAUGGCCAACAGACCAAUUGGCUUUUCUCUUCAACUAUUCCAGCAAAAUACAAGUUCACCUAACAAAACUGAUAAAAGUAAUUAAAGCAAUUCCUUGAAUAUUUCCAUUGCACACACACAUUCUGAAUUUUUAAAUUAUAAGUAGCCAUGCUAGAUUGAACUUUUCAUACUUAGGGGGAAAUCUGCUAGUGUUGUGAUUAAAAGAAAAAUGCUGGAUAGAUGAGAAAAUAUGAAAGUGAUAUAAGAUUUUUAUAUUAAUAAAAAUAUUAGUUAAAAUUUCUGCAGCAUAGCUACAUUCUUCAUUAAAUAUUAUAGUUUGAAGUUUUUAGUUAUAUAGAAUUUAGCUCUAUCAACAUUACACAAAUAGGAAUAAUAUUGCAGAAAAGAAAUUGUGUGUUUAAGUAGUCUGUCAGCUCGUCUUGAUUAACCUGAAGUUACCUUUGCCUUCCUGUACAUUGUUCUUUUAUCCAGCUGUACAAACCAGCUUGCAGUAGUUACCAAUCAUUCACACACACAUACCUUCAGGGACUGCUUACAGAUGAAUGCAUAAUUAGUUUUUGUUAGCUGUCCAUUUUGGUACUAGCCAUCUAAACACAAUGUUUUUGUGAAGUAUGGAAUGAUCCACUUGUAUGCAGGUUCUGACAAGUUUCCCAAAAAUUCCCUAUUGUGGCCCAGUUGGUCCUCUACUUUGUUUUAGUCUUGUCGUGUACAUGUGAUUGUGAGCAACUCUGACCCAACUUACUGCAUAUAAACAGAUUCUGCUGUAAAUAGUUUUAAUAAUCAUAUUUGUGACUAAAAAUUACUGUUGGACCAGGAUUCCAUUGGCAUAAUGUGCUGAUAAUCCUGUCACUGAAGUGAGUGCAUCUUGUUCAUUGUCCGUUAUUUCUUUUUAGUAGAUAUCACCAAUUUUUAAGUUUUUUUUGAGUGGUAUGUUUUAAUGUUGGAAUCUAUUUUAGAUGUGGAUGAACUGCAAUGUGGGCAAAUGUUUUGGUUAGUUACCUUAAGCAUAUGUGACAUACUGAGAGUUGUGCUUUCUUGGCAAGUAUAUCCUGCAUGGGUGUGGAGUAAUAAAUGCUUCCAGGGGAUUAAGUUUGCUAAUGAAGGUGUCUUGUCUGAACAGAAUACAGUAUAUGCAGCCAAGUGUGUUUAACAAAGAAAUUGUGUGAAACACUGCAGCUUUAAUCAAGAGGCAGCAAUGUGCGAAAACUGCUGUUAUGUCAUGUUUUGUUUUGAGUAGAUACAAGUAGUUUUGUAACUCUUUACGUUCAAAUAAAGCUCCAGGUUUCUAUGA